UUACAAGGACCAAUCCCCGCAGGAGGGAGGCGGGACUGGGCUUCCUCACUAGUGGGUGAAAGGUUAGCCUUGGACCUGCAGACGGCUCCGCUCGGGAGGGACGAAGCAAAAGCCAUGGCUGCGCUGAGGGUCGCUCGGGUGAUGCGAAACUUUGCUACCUAUGGAUGGAGGACACAGUCCAGUCAAGCAGUUGCAACAUCACCUAAAGGCAAACUUGCAGCUGGAUUUAGCUUUGAACUUACUGAAGAACAGAAAGAAUUUCAAGCUACAGCUCGUAAAUUUGCCAGAGAGGAAAUCGUGCCUGUUGCUGCUGAGUAUGACAGAACUGGAGAGUAUCCUGUUCCUCUCAUAAAAAGGGCAUGGGAGCUUGGCUUAAUAAAUUCACAUAUACCAGAGAGCUGUGGUGGCCUUGGCCUUGGAUGUUUUGAUGCUUGCUUUAUUACUGAGGAAUUGGCAUAUGGAUGUACAGGGGUUCAAACUGCCAUUGAAGCAAAUUCCUUGGGUCAAAUGCCAGUCAUCAUUGCAGGAAAUGAGCAGCAGCAGAAGAAAUAUCUGGGAAGGAUGACUGAGGAACCCAUUAUGUGUGCCUAUUGUGUAACGGAACCUGGAGCAGGCUCUGAUGUAGCAGGUAUUAAAACAAGAGCUGAAAAGAAAGGAGAUGAAUAUAUAAUUAAUGGACAAAAAAUGUGGAUCACCAAUGGUGGCAAAGCUAACUGGUAUUUUUUAUUGGCUCGUUCGAAUCCUGAUCCCAAAGCUCCUGCAAGCAAAGCUUUUACUGGAUUUAUUGUUGAAUCAGACAGUCCUGGAAUACAAAUUGGAAGAAAGGAGCUUAAUAUGGGUCAGCGCUGCUCAGAUACACGAGGGAUUGUGUUUGAGGAUGUGAGAGUACCCAAAGAGAAUGUACUGCUUGUUGAGGGAGCUGGUUUUAAAAUUGCUAUGGGAGCAUUUGAUAAAACAAGGCCUCCAGUAGCAGCUGGUGCUGUAGGACUAGCACAAAGAGCUUUAGAUGAAGCUACAAAAUACGCUAUGGAACGAAAAACCUUUGGAAAGGUAAUCGCAGAGCACCAAGCAGUCUCCUUCAUGUUGGCUGAAAUGGCAAUGAAAGUGGAACUUGCUCGCCUGGCAUACCAAAGGGCUGCGUGGGAGAUAGAUGCUGGUCGUCGAAAUACCUACUAUGCAUCUAUAGCAAAGGCAUAUGCUGGUGACAUUGCAAACCAAGUAGCUUCUGAUGCUGUCCAGAUUUUUGGAGGAAAUGGAUUCAAUAGUGAAUACCCUGUAGAAAAGCUAAUGAGAGAUGCGAAAAUAUACCAAAUAUACGAGGGAACAUCUCAGAUUCAGCGGCUGAUCAUAUCACGAGAACAUAUUGGCAGGUUUAAGGGUUGAGAAACCAACAGACUACACCAAAUCCUAGAAAACAAAACAAAGGGCUUUAAUUUCUCACAUGCAUUAACCUGAUUCUGCCAAUGGCUGUGUUUGUUCUGGUAUGCAGCUAAAAGAUUGGAAAACAAAAGUGCCUCAAAUUGUAGUGGGCUUUUUUUCAGCUCCAUAUGUUGCAAAGAUCUUCAUGAAAUAAAACUGGCAAUUUAAUUUUUCAAACUGUUGCUUGAAGACUUCCUGAAACGUGAAAUAGUAACUCCUUCUCAGUACUGAAUGCCUUAGCAGACUUUGACAGUUUCACCCAAGCUUACAGCGAUACACAUUUCUCCCUGUCUUCUAAAGUGAUCUUUCCUGUAACACCUUGGAAGUGCCUGGAUUUUGAGAACUGAACUAUGUUGUUGUGUAUUGGACAAAGACUGACAUUGGUAGGGGUGGUUGAGAAUCCAUGUACUUGGGGGGCAGUGCCAUUAAGUUGAAGGCUUUCUGUAUCAUGUGAGGGAUUUGACUAGAUCAUACAACUGAUGUUGCAUUUGUUGGUGUUGAAAUAUUGAACGACGAUUAAAAUAUUACAUAUCUUAAUUCCCAUACAACCACAUCAGCCUUAUUGCUACUGGAUUACAUCCUGCACAGCAUUAGUAGGGUGGCAAAGAGCAGCAUGGGUGCAAAAACAUUGUUUUGAAGCUCAGUGUUCCCAAGCAGGCAAAUGUGUGGAGAGGGAGAGGUUUCGGCUGCUCUUUCUUCCAUCCAAAAGGACUUUUUGACUUCAAAGAGAUGUUGCUGAGGCUCGUGCAAUGAAAAUAGUUAUCGCCUCCUCCAUGUGCAGUUGUUUGUUUAGCAGCUUUCUGGGAAGAGCUCCAAGACUGCAUUUUUGCAGUCACGCUGCCGCCCUACUAAUGCUGCUCAGAAUUUGAGUCACUGUACUUGAGCUGUUGAUUCUCUAUACUGUGUCUGUUCAAAACAGCUACAAGGUUGGUCACUUAUCUUUUUGUCCAGUGGCACAUAAAGAGCUAUAUGAAAUCUUGUUUCAUGAUGAAGCCGCUCUUCUUGCAUUGAAACCAAUGCUGAUCUGGUAUAACACUAAAAGAUUCAGUAGUUCAAAGCUAGCCAUAUCUACAGUAUGUGCAUUAUAUUAAGGAAUUAGUAAAUCAAUACUUUACUAAAGCAAACACUUGUUUAUUAUUUUUAUUAUUUAAUUUAACAUAUUUCUGUACCUCCAAAAACAUGCAUCUCUGGGUGGUUUACAAUUAAUAUCAUUUAAACAUUAAAAUCCUUAAUAUUAAAAUCAGCUAAAACUCAACAUUAAAUGUAUUUAAAGCUAUAAAUCUAAUUAAAUGCCUGGGUGAAGAAA